AUGAGUAUCAACUUCCCAAAGGCAGAAGAGGAUGUCUUGGCCUUUUGGCGCGAGAUCGACGCCUUCCAGACCCAGCUCCGACUGACCCAGCGAGGGCCGCAUUUCAAUUUCUACGAUGGGCCACCCUUUGCUAACAUUCGUCUCGGCGAGCCUAGCGACCGGUACCGUUUCCCUAACUCUCAAACGUGCCCCUUGAUAUCUAAUGCGCCCUUAGGUCUGCCUCAUUAUGGCCACCUGCUCGCUUCCACCAUCAAAGACAUCAUUCCUCGCUACUGGUCAAUGAAAGGCCACCAUGUCAUUCGACGGUUCGGCUGGGACACUCAUGGCCUCCCUAUCGAGUUUGAAAUUGACAAGAAGCUUGGAAUCUCCGGCCGAGAUGCUGUCGAGCGCCUCGGGAUCGAAAAGUACAAUGCAGAGUGUCGAGCAGUGGUGAUGCGGUACGCUCAGGAGUGGAGGCAGACCAUUGACCGGCUGGGCCGUUGGAUCGACUUUGAUAAUGACUACAAGUCUAUGGAUGCCAGGUUCAUGGAGUCGUGUUGGUGGGUGUUCAAACAGCUCUUCGACCAGGGGGAUGUCUACCGAGCCUACCAGAUCAUGCCCUAUUCAACUGCUCUCUGUACCCCACUGAGCCACAUGGAGUCGAAGCAGAAUGAGAAGCUCACUCAGGAUCCCGCCAUCCUUGUCUCAUUCCCUCUUACAGGAGUGGACGACUCUGAGAAUACAUCCCUUCUUACCUAUACUACUACACCUUGGACACUGCCCUCGAACCUCUUCGUGGCUGUUCAUCCCGAGUUUGAGUACGCCAUCAUUCUCGAUGAACAGUCCGGCCGACGGUACAUCCUCCUCGAGACAGGUCUGUCCAUGUUGUACAAAAACCCCGCGAAAGCCAAGUUUAAGAUCGUGAAGAAGGUUCAAGGCAGGGAUAUGAUUGGCUGGAAAUACGCACCGUUAUUCAACUACUUCACGAGCAACUUUGCCGACUGUUUUCGCGUCAUUGGCGCAGAUUACGUCGAAGCUGGCGAGGGCACUGGCCUCGUCCACCAGGCUCCGGCUUUUGGUCAGGAAGACUACGACGCUGCUGUCGCUACCGGUCUCAUCGGCCCCGAACGAUUGCCACCUUGCCCUGUUGAUGACAAGGGCUGUUUCACAUCAGAGGUUCCCGAUUACGCAGGCCAACAUGUCAAGACCGCCGACAAAGCAAUUCUUCGCGAUCUCAGGGCUACAGGCCGCCUCAUAGUGGAGAGUCAAACGAUGCAUACUGAUAAGUUCUGCUGGAGAUCAGAUACACAGCUGAUACGAAAGGCUGUCUCGUCGUGGUUCAUUCGAGUGACAGACUCGAUCCCAGAGAUGCUGCAGAAUCUCGAGUCCACCAAUUGGGUGCCCAGCGUUGUCAAAGAGAAGCGCUUUGCCAACUGGGUGGCGAAUGCGCACGAUUGGAACGUAUCACGGAACCGUUAUUGGGGAACGCCGAUUCCGAUCUGGGCCAGCGAAGACUACGAGGAAGUGGUCUGUGUGGGGAACGUUGCCGAGUUGAGGGAGCUGAGUGGCUUCGAUGGUCCAUUGGAUGACCUCCAUCGAGACAAAAUUGACUCGAUCACCAUUCCAUCCAAACAGGGCAAGGGCGUUCUUCGACGAAUCGAUGAGAUUUUCGAUUGCUGGUUUGAAUCUGGAAGCAUGCCCUACGCAUCGAGACAUUUCCCAUUUGAGAAUGCGAGUCGUUUCCACGAAGAUCUGUUUCCAGCAGACUUCAUUGCCGAGGGACUUGACCAAACCCGUGGUUGGUUCUACACGCUCACAGUGCUCGGCAACAAGCUCUUCCACAAAUCUCCGUUCAAGAACUGCAUCGUCAAUGGCAUUGUCCUCGCUGAGGACGGAAAGAAGAUGUCGAAGCGGCUGAAAAAUUACCCAGACCCCAAUGAGAUCCUGAAGCAAUUCGGCGCCGAUGCCUUGCGCCUCUUCCUCAUCAACUCCCCGGUUGUUCGGGCAGAAUCCGUCCGUUUCCAGGAGGCUGGGGUGAGAGAGGCAAUAUCUCGAGUUCUGCUUCCGCUCUGGAACAGUUAUCGCUUUUUCUCAGAACAGGCCACGCUUUAUAAGAAGGUCACUGGCAAUGAUUUCAUCGCUGAGCUUUCUAUCGAAGCUGAUCGACUUGAUAACACUAUGGAUCGAUGGAUUCUUGCAGACUGCCAGAGUCUCUUGCGAUUCAUGGACCAGGAAAUGCUUGGCUACCGUCUCUACACCGUUGUGCCGAGAUUGCUCAAUGUGAUCGGCAAUUUGACCAAUUGGUACAUUCGCUUCAAUCGAAAAAGACUGAAGGGAACUGCGGGCCUGGGACUUGAUGACAACUUCAGAGCCAUUAACACAUUGUUCCAAGUCCUCUUCACCAUCAUCCGCGCCCUAGCGCCCUUCACGCCCUUUCUCACCGAGCAUAUAUACGGCCUUCUGAAGCCGCAUCUUGGCAGUGCUAUCACCCAGUUCCCGGACUCGCGAAGUGUGCACUUCCUUCCUUUCCCGGCCGUCCAGGAAGCUCUGUUUGAUGAAGUUGUCGAACGCAGGGUCGCGGCCAUGCAGAAGGCGAUCCAGGCGGCGCGAACGGCCCGAGAGCGAAGUAACCUCCCCCUCAAGACGCCUCUUCUUACUCUUGUGGUCAUUGCAGAUCACCACGUCCUGUCGGAUAUCGAAUCGCUCAAGACAUACAUAGAAGAAGAACUGAACGUCAGGAAUGUUGUGUUAUCAAGUGAUGAACAACAGUAUAACAUCCUCCUGGAGGCGCGCGUCGACUGGCCAACCCUUGGCAAGAAGUUGAAGAAGAACGUUCAAGUGGUCCGCAAGGCUCUCCCAGAUCUGACCCAGGACCAGUUGAAGGACUAUGUGCACAACAAAAAGAUAGAAAUCGCCGGCAUAGAACUCGACGAGAACGAUUUGACUAUCGUGCGGGUCCUUGGUGCCGAUACAGCUGGUCUCACGCAAGCCACUCAAUGGGAAGCUGCUUUCACCAAUGAAAUGGUGGUUCUCCUUGAUAUUUCAUUGCACCCAGAGCUUGUACAGGAAGGUGUAGCACGAGAAAUGAUCAGCAGGGUGCAAAGGCUACGGAAGAAAGCCGGUCUGGUUCCUACUGACGAGAUUCAGAUGCAAUACUUGAUCAUUUCAAAUCCUGAAGACAUUGAUAUACCUUCACUCCUAUCUACAAGGACAGAACUAUUCAAAUCAGCACUAUAUGGUACCCUAGAGCAGAUCUCUAAGCAGAGUGCUGGAAAGGCACUCAUUGUGGAGGAAGAACAGAAAAUUGGGGACCUAUACCUCAUGUUAAGACUCCUCAGACCCUAG